CGCCUCGGCCUCCCAAAGUGCUGGGAUUACAGGUGUGAGCCACAGCACCUAGCUAGCCCUUUAAUCUUUUUAACAUGACCUAGCAGUUCAACAAUUAGCUUUUAAAUGAGAUUUUUAAGGUGGGCAUGGCCUCCUGAUGAUUGGGCUGAGGACUGUCCUCCAGAGUCAGUCUCCUAAAUUCCUGUCUUCAUUCCACCACCUCCAAGCUGUGUGUGGUACUUAACCUCCCUGUGCCUCUGUGCUCAAUUGCACUUUCCACAAAAGUGUCAUUUCAAAGGGUUGUGGUGAUGAUUAAAUGAGAUAACCCAGUAAAGUUCUGGCACAGUGCCCAGCACCUAGCGAGUACUUAAUAAAUACCAGUUAUUUUUAUUGAUGUGACUAUGAUCCGCCUACUUUUAUUUUUCAUGCUCAUUGAGACUGGAUUUUAUAAUCUACUAAAGAAACUUGUUCUAAUGUUGGCAUGAGUGUCAGAAGGUAUGAGUUCUGGCCCAGGCUCCACUGCUUUCCAGAUGUAUGACCUUGGACAAAUCAGCAAUUUUAUCAACUCUAAAAUGGAAAUAAUAAUUUGUGCACAGCUCAGAUGAGAAUACAUUGUUUUGUUUUGCUUUCCUACUUUGAUAUAAAGCAUUGUCCAAAUGUAAAAGUCUGAUGGUGGUGGUGAUGAUGAUGGCUUGGGAUUUAGGGUACCACUAAGUGUAAAAGAACACAGUAUUCAGGCCUGACUAGACCACAUUACAAGUUAUUACAAGUUACCACCUCCAGCUGUCACACCACCGCCCUCAGCUUCAUGAUGGCAUUCCUCUCAAUAACCAAAGAGAGAGAGAGGCAGGCACAAAGGAGACAGAAAUUAAUAUCAGUCCUGAUUAGGCUUUCUUGAUCUACUAUUGUUAUUAAUUAUCGCUAUUAUUAUUUUAUCAUUCUUGAUCUAAAGGGUCUUUACAAAUCUUUUUUAAGAGAAAAAUUCAAGUUAAAUACCCAGCUACAGUCCAGCUCUCAUGGCAAACAGGACCAUGUUUUUUCCUAUAAAGAUAGCAAACUACUUAUUCAGACAUACUCACUUUACAAAACAGGGCAUGGGAUUAUAUAAACAAACAGAUCCUAUUUACAUUUAAGUUAUAGAGAAAAAGACUAGAAGAAAAUACUUAAAUUAUUGUCUCUCUGCAUUUUGUAAAUUUCUACACUACAUAUAUAUGUAAAUUUUAACCAAAAAAAUGAGUUAAGUAUUCUAAAAUAGAUGCUUUUCUUAGUAAGCUAAGUGACAAGACAGAGCUAUGACAGUGAGCCCAUUUUCAAAGGAUUAUGAAAGAAUAUUUAUUUUCAAAAUUGCAGAGGUUGAAAAAAAUCACCCAGUCCUGGGACUAUGAGACUGAAUUAUUAGGUGGGGCUUCUUUGUGACUUUAUGUUCCCAGGUUUAGCUGUUUUCAGAAAUUUGGUCCAAAGAUCAUUGAUCUGCUCUAGUUUUACAAAGCUCAUUUUAGUUAAGAUUUUCUAAUAAAAGAAUUAUGUCUCUUGCUAAGUCAGGCCUUGGUAAGCUUGGGAUAAAAUAUGUCAUAAAUAUUUCAUAGCUGCACUGGUGCAGUUACGUGCAAUGCAGGGUUUUCAAAAUUCAAGUGCAUUAUCAUCAAGAUCUGUUGCUGCUUUAUAGGUAAAGCUAAUGGGUUCAAUUAAAAACAUGCUGACAAUUAAUACAGGAGUACUGUUUUAUUAUGCAUCUACUGAACUUUAUUUUUAGAAUCACUUUUACCAAGGCUCUAUCAAGUACUUUUUUAAAAUUCUAAAUCUGUCUCCCCUGGCUUUCCCAGAACGGAUUCACAGUGGAGAGGUGAAAGCAUUACACAGCAAAAAAAUCAGCAAGCUAUAUUAAAGCCGAAAGCUAAAUUUUUCCCCACCACACAUGAAAUUUCCAGAUAUAGAAUUUUAAAACUGAUUAAUUUAACAUUUGGAAUAAAAUAAAGGUUAAAUGUUUUAAGUUUUGUAAAUACUUCAAUUAACUUCAUAAUAACAGUAACUGACAAAUAGAAGGCAAUAUUCAAAGAACAAAAUAUUUGGCAAGGGAAACAAACACCAUUUCAGUGGCUUAAUGACAGAAAAGAACACUGUGGUACAGAUGGAUUUGUUUUGAUUAAAGACAAUAGGGACAUACAUGUACAUCCCAAUUUCCCUGACAAGAAACAGUCUUUCUCCCCGAGGAUAUUUUUAUUUUUCUUUCAACUUUUGACAACAACAAAAACAAAAGUCAACGCUGCCUUUAAAGUUUGACAUCCCUAGGAUCAAGUAGAAAUAUGUAAUAUAGCUUCCUUUUUCUUAUGUUCCUGCUUCAGCAGACUAAGUCCCUAGCUUCCUACAUCAACAACCCCUUAAAUAAUUAGCAGAGGACAGGUUAUAAAUAAUUAUUAUGAGUUCUAGAACCAGAUCCCAGGCAAACGGAUUAGGUUCAAGACACAAUAGGUUGAAAGAAAGUACAGAUCAUCUCAUCUUGGAUGGAUUCAGCCUACCAAUUUGACAGUGACGUCGUCCAUCUGGAGUAUCUUGCUUGCUAUCCGGUUCCUACAUCCCAUCCUCCUUGCAUUUUUUAUAUCCAAAAAUACUAUUUAAAAGAAGAAAUGUAAGGAAAUAGGGAAAGAUGGAAGAAAAUGCCCAACUCCUUAUAUUUUUAUCUUUAUUUUAUGACCCAAUAAAUAUAUCACCUUUGCAAAUGGUAUUUUCCCAGUAUUAGAUGACACCCUACAAAACCUGACAGUGGCUAUCUCUUAGCUGCAAAGUUAACAUUUGCACUUUCCCUACUGAAGGAACAUAUAGAUUGGAGCAUGCCUUGUAUUUCUCUAUAAAGUGAUUCAAAACAGACUGUAGCUUAUGAAACAACAAUUCAGAGAUAAUUUCAUUUAAAAUGUCUUACAUCUAAAUCCUAUGAGUAACUUUUCUAUUUAGAAUAAAUUACAAAAGUAUUGUAGUCAAACUUAAUUCCAUGAAUACAGUGUGGUUAAUCUGGGUGAGUUGCCGUGAUUGUUUUCUCUCCUUUUAAUAUUUCGAGAAGAUUUCAUAGCCUUAGUAUUGUUAGGGUUUAAAAAAAUGCAAAAGCAUUUCUUUCUGUGAAAAAUAUUAAGGUGGUAAAUGUUCUUCAAAACUAUGAGACAAAAAGGGAAAAACAUCUUUUAUAGCUUUUUAAAAAAAGUUUUCAUACUAAAUUUACUGAUGGGUAUAACCUUCAAAUCACCUUUAGGAAGAGUAGUUAAAGUGGAAGAGUUUAAUAUAAAAGAAAACAUUUUGCUAAAUGUGAAACUGGAUCCAUCAUUUUUUAAACCAUGGGAACUGUUUUUUCUUAAUAAAGCAACUGUUUUAAUUCUUUGCAUUAUCCUGUAGUGCCCAGAUUGAAAAAUAUAUCAUGUGACAUUGAAGUUACAAUUUUAAGUUAUAGGCACUAGAUGUAGCCUGAGUAACUGACUUAUUUUGUUUGUAUGCAACAUUUUCCUCCUUCUGUAACCAGCUGGAAGCUGAACAAUUUUUGAGCUACUUUAGAUACAAGGCAAAACUGGGUAAUUGUGAAGUUAGACAUGUGUUUCCUUGUAAAUGUCUCUCUGCAGAGUCAUCUCCUUUUCAAAGCCCUAAAGAAAACUAACAGCCUAAGCCUGCCAGUUAACCAUGUACUCUCAUUACAGAGUUUGCAGUGAAUGUGCACCAUGAAAUUGCCAAAGAUUUUUAUAUAUUUCAAUAAAAGCAGAAAGUAAUAAGCAACAAAAGCAAAAUUACUGCAUAAUUAGCAUUUGGCCUUAUCUAGAUGGUAUCCUGCUGAGUCCAGCCUGGCAUCCGCAAUACUUUACAGAAGGCAGGGAAUUUUCUUUCUCUUUGCCUUUAUUUAUCUACAUAAAACCAGAAAAUCCUGUUUUUACAGUAUUCACGAACCAGUCCCCUCAUUCCAUCAUCUGUCUCUCUCAACAACUCAAGACAUGGAUGGGCUCUUUUUACCUAAGGUCUCUCAGCAAACUAGACCAUCCUUCUCCUACAUGGCCUGCGAUGCUGCAGUUUCAUAUUAAUAAACCAAAAGUAACUCCCAAAAUUAGCACCUCCUAUUUAAAACAUUAUUUCUAUUUUAAUACAAAUAGGCCAAGGGAGCUGAUAAAAAUAAAAAAUAAAACCUCUAGAAACCCACCCCUUUCCUGAUUACUUACUGAUGAAUAUGAUCCUGUCUUUUAAUAAAACAGGGACUUGAGGAAACAUGCUGUGAAAAGAAGCUAUUUCGGUCUGGAGUCCCUACUUUUUAUAAGCAGUAGUUUCUUCUCACCCAUAGCAAGCAUUGCACAUUCAGUCACUUGUACCUGUGACCCCAGCGCUGUUGUUAGUUCUGCAAUCUCUUCUUCACUUUAUCUUGUAGUAUUCUGAACUUUUUAAACCUGAAUUACCCCCAAAGCACUACCCAAAAUAAAGAGACAUUUUAACAGUUAGGAGUACACCAGACAGCAAGAAGUCUGUGUAAAGUUCUUAUGUGCAUAAACAUGUUUAAUGAUAUAGAAAAUCUAUUCCAAAUCAAUCAUUAAAAUCUAAGGGGAAAAACAUAUUACAUUUUAAAUGGAGGGAAAACAUCUGAUUUUAUUCAAGGUUGUGGUGAAUCUGUUCGGCAGCUUUUAAAUCAAUUUAAAGUUAAUUCAGAUGCUUUUUCAAUCAUUGCAGUUACACAUAGGGAAUACUGAAUCGAAAUAUGACAAGGCAAUUGUUUGUGUCCAAACUUAUCAAAAACUGUAUUUCCCUGGACUUUUCAUCCCAACAGAUUUCAAAUUCUCAUUUCCAAGGAGUAUCUGACCUUCACAUUUCAGGCCCUGUGUCUCUUCAUUUCUUAUACCAUCAUAUGUUAGAAAACUCAAACUGGGCUACAAGUAUAUAUUUCUGUUAACUGACUUUAAUGAAUUUUGGUUGUUUUCAAAAUCUGCAAUCUGUUCAUUGUGCCGGCCCUGCAUUGCAGGAAAGUCUUAGCCUGUGAUUCCAGUUUCGCUCCUGCAAAGAGAGUCACUACAGGCAGGUUUCAAUUGUAUUUACUCGGAGAGAAGAGGGGAAAGGGAACCCCCUGCCCCCUGCCAACCUGACAGGCCAGGCUGGGUGACAAGCCCCCCGGGGUGGCUGCACCUCCCGCUCGCCGACCUGGGCGCUGUCCUUGGUGCUGCCGGCGCCAUAGCGAGCACAAGCGCCUUACCUUCUGCCCCUGCGGAAGCUGCGGACGUCCCCCAAACGUUAAAAACGCCAUAUCCCACUUUUUAUACAAAUAACUACCCCGGCCUGUUCUCUUUGUCCCCUUCCCGAAGCCUUCAGGCAGACCGUUCCUCAAAGUCUUUUUUUUGUUUUGUUUUGUCUUCUAGACCCAGCUCCUCGGCGCUCAUCUCCAGCUGCUUUAAGACAAGGAGUGGGGGAAGGGGAGGGAGGCAAGAAAAGAUGAGGGUGGGGGAGGGGAAAAGAGGGACUGCAAGGGGAGGGGAGGGAGGAGACGGGGAGAAGGAAAGAUUGGAAGAAAAGGGUCCCCGAAGAAGGGGCUGAGAGAAGGGCAGGGUGAACUGGACUAAAGGCCAGAGUAGGAGGGAGAAGAGGGGCCAAAAAGGAGGGGGAUGAGAUUAAGCACAGAAGAUGGGUAAAGAAAAAAGUAUCGGGGAAAGGGCAAAAUAAGAGAAAGCCUUGAGGAUAAGAGGGUAGAAGGCUAAAGAACAAGGGGACCACGGGGUCGGGGAAGCGCUGCCCGAACGGCGGGACAGUGACAAAGAAAAGGUGCUGGCGAUAUUCGCACCAAUGGUGCGAAACGCAAUCGGGAGGUGAGAAAUGGAAAGAAGGCGAAUGAUCGGCUACAAGUAGCCUGGGACUUUUGAAAGGGGACCUGGGGGAGGGGCUGGGCCCAGGGCAGAAAAGUCCGGGUUCCCAUGCGGCCUGGGCCCACGUGGAGCGGGCGCUGAAUCACCGUUCAGCCGCCCCCUCCCCUCCUCCCCGACCGGUGCCCGCAGUCCCCGCCUCCUCGGCCGCCGCCUCCACGGGGCGGGGCCCUGGCCCGGGACCAGCGCCGCGGCUAUAAAUGGGCUGCGGCGAGGCCGGCAGAACGCUGUGACAGCCACACGCCCCAAGGCCUCCAAGAUGAGCUACACGCUGGACUCGCUGGGCAACCCGUCCGCCUACCGGCGGGUAACCGAGACCCGCUCGAGCUUCAGCCGCGUCAGCGGCUCCCCGUCCAGCGGCUUCCGCUCGCAGUCGUGGUCCCGCGGCUCGCCCAGCACCGUGUCCUCCUCCUACAAGCGCAGCAUGCUCGCCCCGCGCCUCGCCUACAGCUCGGCCAUGCUCAGCUCCGCCGAGAGCAGCCUUGACUUCAGCCAGUCCUCGUCCCUGCUCAACGGCGGCUCCGGACCCGGCGGCGACUACAAGCUGUCGCGCUCCAACGAGAAGGAGCAGCUGCAGGGGCUGAACGACCGCUUCGCCGGCUACAUAGAGAAGGUGCACUACCUGGAGCAGCAAAAUAAGGAGAUUGAGGCAGAGAUCCAGGCGCUGCGGCAGAAGCAGGCCUCGCACGCCCAGCUGGGCGACGCGUACGACCAGGAGAUCCGCGAGCUGCGCGCCACCCUGGAGAUGGUGAACCACGAGAAGGCUCAGGUGCAGCUGGACUCGGACCACCUGGAGGAAGACAUCCACCGGCUCAAGGAGCGCUUCGAGGAGGAGGCGCGGUUGCGCGACGACACUGAGGCGGCCAUCCGCGCGCUGCGCAAAGACAUCGAGGAGGCGUCGCUGGUCAAGGUGGAGCUGGACAAGAAGGUGCAGUCGCUGCAGGAUGAGGUGGCCUUCCUGCGGAGCAACCACGAGGAGGAGGUGGCCGACCUUCUGGCCCAGAUCCAGGCAUCGCACAUCACGGUGGAGCGCAAAGACUACCUGAAGACAGACAUCUCGACGGCGCUGAAGGAAAUCCGCUCCCAGCUCGAAAGCCACUCCGACCAGAAUAUGCACCAGGCCGAAGAGUGGUUCAAAUGCCGCUACGCCAAGCUCACCGAGGCGGCCGAGCAGAACAAGGAGGCCAUCCGCUCCGCCAAGGAAGAGAUCGCCGAGUACCGGCGCCAGCUGCAGUCCAAGAGCAUCGAGCUAGAGUCGGUGCGCGGCACCAAGGAGUCCCUGGAGCGGCAGCUCAGCGACAUCGAGGAGCGCCACAACCACGACCUCAGCAGCUACCAGGACACCAUCCAGCAGCUGGAAAAUGAGCUUCGGGGCACAAAGUGGGAAAUGGCUCGUCAUUUGCGCGAAUACCAGGACCUCCUCAACGUCAAGAUGGCUCUGGAUAUAGAAAUCGCUGCGUACAGAAAACUCCUGGAGGGUGAAGAGACCAGAUUUAGCACAUUUGCAGGAAGCAUCACUGGGCCACUGUAUACACACCGACAGCCCUCAGUCGCAAUAUCCAGUAAGAUUCAGAAAACCAAGGUGGAAGCUCCCAAGCUUAAGGUCCAACACAAAUUUGUCGAGGAGAUCAUAGAGGAAACCAAAGUGGAGGAUGAGAAGUCAGAAAUGGAAGAGGCCCUGACAGCCAUUACAGAGGAACUGGCCGUUUCCAUGAAGGAAGAGAAGGAAGAAGCAGCAGAAGAAAAGGAAGAGGAACCCGAAGCUGAAGAAGAAGUAGCUGCCAAAAAGUCUCCAGUGAAAGCAACUGCACCUGAAGUUAAAGAAGAGGAAGAAGGGGAAAAGGAGGAAGAAGAAGGCCAGGAAGAAGAGGAGGAAGAAGAUGAGGGAGCUAAGUCAGACCAAGCCGAAGAAGGAGGAUCCGAGAAGGAAGGCUCUAGUGAAAAAGAGGAAGGUGAGCAGGAAGAAGGAGAAACAGAGGCUGAAGCUGAAGGAGAGGAAGUCGAAGCUAAAGAGGAAAAGAAAGUGGAGGAAAAGAGUGAGGAAGUGGCCACCAAGGAGGAGCUGGUGGCAGAUGCCAAGGUAGAAAAGCCAGAAAAAGCCAAGUCUCCUGUGCCAAAAUCACCAGUGGAAGAGAAAGGCAAGUCUCCUGUGCCGAAAUCACCAGUGGAAGAGAAAGGCAAGUCUCCUGUGCCGAAAUCACCAGUGGAAGAGAAAGCCAAGUCUCCUGUGCCAAAAUCACCAGUGGAAGAGGCAAAGUCAAAAGCAGAAGUGGGGAAAGGUGAACAGAAGGAGGAAGAAGAAAAGGAAGUCAAGGAAGCUCCCAAGGAAGAGAAGGUAGAGAAAAAGGAAGAGAAACCAAAGGAUGUGCCAGAGAAGAAGAAAGCUGAGUCCCCGGUAAAGGAGGAAGCUGUGGCGGAGGUGGUCACCAUCACCAAAUCGGUAAAGGUGCACUUGGAGAAAGAGACCAAAGAAGAGGGGAAGCCACUGCAGCAGGAGAAAGAGAAGGAGAAAGCAGGAGGAGAGGGAGGAAGUGAGGAGGAAGGGAGUGAUAAAGGUGCCAAGGGAUCCAGGAAGGAAGACAUAGCUGUCAAUGGGGAGGUAGAAGGAAAAGAGGAGGUAGAGCAGGAGACCAAGGAAAAAGGCAGUGGGAGGGAAGAGGAGAAAGGUGUUGUCACCAAUGGCCUAGACUUGAGCCCGGCAGAUGAAAAGAAGGGGGGUGAUAAAAGUGAGGAGAAAGUGGUGGUGACCAAAACGGUAGAAAAAAUCACCAGUGAGGGGGGAGAUGGUGCUACCAAAUAUAUCACUAAAUCUGUAACCGUCACUCAAAAGGUUGAAGAGCAUGAAGAGACCUUUGAGGAGAAACUAGUGUCUACUAAAAAGGUAGAAAAAGUCACUUCACACGCCAUAGUAAAGGAAGUCACCCAGAGUGACUAAGAUUUGAGUCCAUUGCAAAAGGUUAAGCCAUAUGACAAUUUCAAAAUGCAUGUGAUUGGCAGCUUCAAAACAGAACGGGUUCUUCCAUGGGGGCUCCAGACAUUGUAUUUUACUUUGUGCAAUAUGAGGGGACUGCAUGCAAGCUCAGGGUGCUCCCUCCUCAGUCUUUGCGGGAUUCAAAUGCAUGAUAUUGUAUGUACCUGGGAAAUUUGCCAAUUUCCUAAGCUGUUGGAAGGGGGUCACUUAAGGGGGGAUGUCUUGAGAUGUAUUAUGCAAAGUACCAACUGAGCCAAAAACAAUAAAUGAAACACAGAACUCAGCCUUAAGAAAGCUAUAUAUGAAUAAUUAUGUUUACCUCACUGGUGCAUUUAAAAUGGACUUUUGUUCAUGGGAGAACCUCGUUGACAUGCACAGUUUGCAAUCUUAUGUUGAUCGAUGUUAAAUGUCACAGCAGUACUUGCUCAAUAAAGGUCAUAUUGGAAACAUAG